UGAUUUUCUCUCUCUCAGAAUUCAAUUGUGUUUGCUGCAUAAUAUGGCUGAUACCGGCCUCAUCCUCAUCUCCUCUCUUAUACAGGAGGCAAUUUCCAAAGCAACUCCAUUUGCUGCUGGACAGGUCAGCUUUGGUCCUUGUCCGCCGAAGGAGUUUGAGAAUCUUGCUCAUUUGCUAACUGCAAUUCAACCUGUAGCCGAAGGCGCUGAGGAAUGCCAAGAAAGUGAUCGGGCGCUUAGGCUUUGGCUGCAGAAGCUCAAGGAUGCAGUUUAUGAUGCGGUGGAUUUGCUGGAUGAGUGUGAUUAUCAUGUUCUUCAGAUGGAAGUUGAGACUCCAGGCCUGAAGCGGAAGCGGGAUCAGGUACACACCUCCUUUUCUCCCUCCAAUCUUGAUGCCUUUAGUCUGCAGGUGGAUAGAAAAUUAUCAGAGAUUAAUGAAUCUUUAGCUGAAAUUAGAAAGGAGGUAGACUUUAUUAAUCUGAUGAUCGAAUUUAGAAAGCAAAAACUUGCAUCUGAUGGGCCAAAUCAUGAGAUAGUCCCCAUUCUUGAUAGUUCGGAAGUUGUUGGAAGGGAAGAUGAUGUCUCAAAAAUGGUUGACUUGUUAGAUGAACUGAGGAGUAAACAUCCAAUCUCUGGCAUUGCAAUAGUAGGUGUGGCAGGUGUUGGAAAAACAACUGUGGCAAAAUUAGUUUAUAUGAAGGCCGAGGAAGAAAAGCGCUAUGAUGUAGUAGCUUGGGUUUGUGUAUCUGGGGAGUUUCAUGAUCACAGAAUUUUGGGUGAGCUGUUGGAAUAUUUCAACAUUAGCGGUGUCCGUCCAAAUACAAUUCAUGAGCUGCUUCAAGAUCUAGGCAAAGAAUUAGAAAACAAAAAAUUUCUUCUCAUUCUUGAUGAUGCUCAGGAAAAAGAUGCUAGCAAGUGGAAUGAUUUUCUCUUUCAGUUAUCGGAAGUUGUGAAAGCCAAUGGGAGCUCUAUUGUCCUAACAACUCGUAGUGAAGGUGUAGCAUCUGUGGUGGAGAAACUUCCUAUGUAUAGGUAUGAUAUGCAGAGGCUAUCAGAUGAUCAGUGUUGGAUGAUAAUUAAGAAGCUAGUUCUCAGUUUACCUUCAAAUGCCAUUGGGUAUUCUAUUGCAAAACAAUGUGGUGGCUUGCCUUUGCUUGCGACCGCCAUAGGAGAAACAAUGAACAGUAUUGAGGAAGAUGAAUGGUUGGCUAUAACAAGAAGUAGAGAAUGGAAGUUAGAAAAUAGAAAUUCAAUUUUGUCUGUGUUAAAACAGAGCUUCUUCGAUUGUGUGCCGUCGAGCUUGAAAAAAUGCUUUUCUUAUUGUUCAAUUUUUCCAAAAGGUUUUGAAAUUAGAAAAGAUGAUUUAAUUCAACUAUGGAUGGCCGGAGGAUUUCUUCAACAAUCUAAUGAAAGCUCUAUGACAAUGGAGGAUAUUGGAAACAAGUACUUAAAUGAGUUUGUGUCCAAUUCCUUAUUCCAAUCUGUGAGAAGGGAUGCAUGUGUUGAAUCUUACAAAAUGCUUGAUUUAGUGCAUGAUCUUGCUCUCUCUGUUUCGGAAGGUGAAACUUCUAUUUGGAAGACUGAGUCCAAUAUUAUUAAUUCUAAUGUUCGAAAUUUGAGAAUCGAGCAUGAUAGUGAUGUGCUUUCAGCCCUUCCUCAGAGGUUGCAUUCUUUGUUCUUGGAUGGUGAUGUCUUCAUAGGAAUGCAGUCAGAUCUCAAAAGUUUGCGAUCUUUCAAAUUAGUGGAAAGUCAAACAAUAAGAUGGCCAAUUUCUCUUGAUAAAUCAAAGCAUUUAAGAUACCUUGAAAUCGCACAAAGCAAAAUUGGAGCAUUACCAGGAUUUUCAUCCAAGUUCCAUAUGUUGCAGACUUUAAAAGUUACGCAAUGCAAAUGUCUUAUUAUGCUUCCCGAUAAUAUAAACAAAUUAGAUAGCUUGAGGCAUCUUUAUCUUGAUAAACCGAACCUUAUGCCGAAGGGGAUUGGACACCUAACUUCCCUUCAAACUUUACCAAUAUUUUUUGUGCGAAGAGGGAAGGGAUUCACAAUUGAAGAACUUGGAUGCUUAACCCAGCUCAGAGGGAAAAUGGAGAUUCGGGAUCUUGACCUUAUAACUUCUAAAUCAGAAGCUAUUAGAGCAAGACUAAAUGAAAAGACAGAAUUACACGAGUUGGUACUUAAAUGGAACCGAUUGAUGAGAUCCAAGCAGCAUGAGGAGGUACUAGAGGGUCUUCAAUCUCACUCAAAUCUGAAAAGUUUAAGUAUUAUUGAUUACAAUGGAUGUAGCUACCCGUCUUGGAUAGAUGGGCUCUCAUCUCUUCAGCAGUUGAAAAUUGAGUCGUGCGGUGAGUUAAUUUCUAUUCCAGAAGAUUUCAGGAAAUUGCGUUCCCUCAGUGUUCUUGAUAUUACUUAUUGUUCUAAACUAAGGAGCAUUCCAGAAGGGUGGCUAGCUAGCCUCACCUGCUUGAAGGAGUUAAGGAUGGGUCCUUUCUGGCCAGAGUUGCUUGAAUUUCCGGAACUUGCUGAGAUCCAUCACCUCCACGCAUCCCUUGAAGCUUUGACAUUGAAUGGAUGGGCUAAACUUGAGAGUCUGCCACAUCGGCUUCAACAUCUCACAACCCUCAAGAAAUUACAUAUAAACGGGUGUGGAGAGAAAGCUUCUCUAAAGUGGUUCGGAGAGCUCAGUGUGAAAGAGUUAAGGAUAGGUCCUCUCGACGUGGGGCUAACGGAAUUCCCAGAACUCACUUUCAUUCAUCACUUUCCCUCCCUCGAAAGAUUGGAAUUGUGUGGAUGGUAUGGGUUAGGGUCUCUGCCACAUCAGCUUCGACAUCUCACUGCCCUCAAAGAAUUGGUGAUAAGGGAUUUCGAUAGUGUGUAUGCUCUACCAGAGUGGUUGGGUAACCUCUCUUCUCUUCGGGAGCUGAAUAUUAGCAACUGUGUGAACUUGUUUUUACCUUCCGUUGAAGCCAUGAGACGCCUCUCCAACCUGCAAUCUCUUAUUAUUGAAGGCCCUAGGGUGCCUUGGUCCGAGUGGAAAAAGAUUUCGCACAUUCCUAAUAUCAGAAUAGAUGGAUGGACUGUCCAAUCUCAACAGCAUUACAUUUCGAUUUUGUUUAGGAACAGAAAGGGUUAUGUUUAAUUUAUGAGGUUAAUAUAUAAUUCUUCGGCAA